AGCAUCCGCGGACAAGGUGGUCGACACUGAGACAGAGCAUCCGUGACAAGUCGAAUCGCAAUGGGCUACCAAUUGUCAACCAUCGCAAUGUUGUGGGCUUCUGGUUUCACGAUCGGCAAGUAAAGAAUUGUAGAACUUGGAUCGUAUCUAGAGCUGCGUUAUAAUUAUCUGCAUGGGGACCUCGAAGCAAGCAAUUGCGUCGUAGUAAAAUCUCUGUAUCCGGUGCGCGAUUUCAUCGUCAGAUCGGUCCGUCGAUGUACUACAAAGGAUCUGAUCGGGAGCGGAAUUGAUGGUUGAUCGUCUUUCUCUUCUGCGAAAGGUCGAACAUUGACGUGUUUUUGGUAGGCAAAGUCAUGAAGGAACGCAGGAGAGCUAGCACCGAUGCUUCGUCCUCAUCUGCAGAUUUGAAGUCUUCCGGGAAAAAUAAUGCGAAGAGACCUCCAAAAAGUAAAAGAGGCGGCAUUGUAAGGAAAGUAUGUCCAGGAAGUACAGCACUUCUUCUUGGGAUUUGUGUUGUUGCUCUGGGAGUGGCAGCGCUUUACUGGAUAGGGGCUCUUUCUCCAGCAAUGGAGGAGCCUGUGAGGCCUAGGGCAGUCACUCCCCUGCCUGUUCCCCGAGUUUCUGAUCUAAAGCAGUUCAAAGGGGAGUAUCGCGAACGAAUGUUUUGGGGAACUUACCGACCACAAAAUUACCUUGGAAUUCGUAGUCGAACUCCACAAUCUCUUCUGGCUGGAUUGAUGUGGCUCGGUGUCAAGGACGGGCGUUAUGCUAUUCGCCAUACAUGUGAAGAAUCCGACAAGCUCGCCAGAUACGGGUGGCUUCGACAUGACGGUUCCACCUAUGGACGACAGGAGCUACUGGAUCAGGGUGUAACUUUAACCACUUCUUUUUUGAAAAGCUGGGAAGAUGGGUCUGGAUAUGGGGGGGAUUGGGCUGUACGCAUAAAGGUGGAAGCAGAGAACGCGACUGAAAGUAGCCAGGAGGAUGGUCAACCGAAGAGCAGAUCGACCUCCAUCUUUUUCUACAUUGCAGAGGAGGCAGGACGAUCCCUAAGUUUCUGGCCGAAGGGAAAAAAUGUAGCUGACGCUCCCUUUGUUGGAGGAUCUGCAAGCGAGAUCGGAGGAUGGCAGUUCCAUUUACACCAUAAGGAGGAUGUGGCUGUCAGUUACGCUGGACUUCGCCAGAUUCAUAUGCAUAAUUUGACACAACUGGUCUUGAAUACUCUGAUGAAUCAGGGAAGACUAACGGGGCGCUUACAACUACCAGACAGUUCUGAUAGACAUUCAAACAUUGCUGUCCUUCAGAUAUCAGGAAGUUUACCGUUCGAGGUUGACAUGGUCUUUCUCUCUGGAGUGGAUAAGAAAGGAGCUGAUGUCCCAAAACGUCUGAAGAAUUUGACAGGUGUCGAACUGGAGAGAAGACUCAUACAGAAGGAGCAAGAGUUUGAAAACAGGUUUCAGGACACAUUCAAAUUAAAUGAAAAGGUGGGAGGCGAAAAAGAGGUCGAGGUUGGAAGAGCUGCUCUCAGCAACAUGGUCGGUGGAAUUGGGUACUUCCAUGGGCAGUCCCGUAUUGCAAUUCCCGCCGAGUUCAAAGGACAAGAACCUGAAUUAAGUAGCCCAGACUAUUGGUUGUAUUGGCCUGCCGAGCUGUUUACUGCGGUCCCCAGUCGAUCAUUUUUCCCACGUGGAUUUCUUUGGGACGAAGGAUUUCACCAGCUCCUUAUCAGUCGUUGGGAUCGAAAUAUCAGCCUUGACAUCAUUGCUCACUGGUUGGAUCUGAUGAACGUUGAUGGGUGGAUUCCAAGAGAACAAAUCUUGGGUGCCGAGGCUCGUAGUAAGGUUCCUGAAGAGUUCGUCAUUCAGCAUACAAGCAACGCCAACCCGCCUGCCCUCAUGCUGGUCAUACGACGUCUGGCUCUCAGCCUUGAAUUGGACUUGAAACAAGGCCAGGCAAGAGAAGAAGAUAUGGAGUACUUUAAGACAAUGUAUCCGAGGCUACAGGCCUGGUUCAACUGGUUCAACACGACUCAAAGCGGGAAGCAGCCAGGGACGUACUACUGGCAUGGAAGAGAUUCACAUACAUCCCGUGAACUGAAUCCAAAGACACUUACUUCAGGUCUCGAUGAUUAUCCACGUGCUUCUCAUCCAACGGAUGAUGAACGCCACGUAGAUCUAUGGUGCUGGAUGGCACACGCUGCUGAAACAAUGUCUCUGAUUGCUCGUCUGACUGGUGAGCCACAUGAAAGCUAUGAAGCGACAGCCAACGGGCUCACUAAUUUAACCCGACUUAAUGAGAUGCAUUAUGAUCUGGAAUCAGGUCAUUACUAUGAUUAUGGACUUCACACUGAGGAGGUGAAGCUGAGAUGGAAAGAAUUAAAAGACCCAAGGAUAAAGACGGGAAUUCCGCAAAGGAUCCUCCGGAGAGUUGUCUUGAAGAAGCCCAAACUAGGUUGGGUUCCACACUUCGGAUAUGUUAGUUUCUUCCCCUUCGCCCUUCGGAUCAUCCCAGCGGAUUCCACGAUUAUGGGUCAUCACUUGGCUUUGCUGCACAGCCAUGAUUUGUUGUGGACAGAGUUUGGUUUGCGGUCUCUGGCAACGACCAGCUCCGUAUUCAUGAAGCACAAUACUGAGCACGAUGCUCCGUACUGGAGGGGUCCAGUUUGGAUGAACAUGAAUUACUUAAUAUUGUCAGCCCUCUAUAAAUAUUCUCAAGAGGAAGGACAUUACAAGAAGACAGCAGCUCUUUUGUACCCACAGUUGAGAGAUAAUCUUAUUAGGAACGUUGUGAAGCAGUAUCACGAAAGUGGAUACUUGUGGGAAAAUUAUGAUCUUAAAUCGAAGGGUAAAGGACAAGGCUCUCAUCCAUUUUCAGGAUGGACAUCUUUGAUUCUCUUGAUAAUGGGAGAGAUGUAUUAAGACAGUGGUGACAGUUUUGGAUUGUGGUGAGGUCACUUGUAGCAGUUCAAUUAUUGUGGAAAAGCUUUACAUAAUUGGAAAAAAUCUAGUCUUCAGUGUAUAACGAUGAGGUCUUUUUGUUGCACUUUUCCGGUUGGAUUUCUGGAGUUGCU